GGUGUGGGCUUAAUCCUGCAUUCUCCCCUCACUGUCCACGGGGACGCAGCAGUCACCCAUCUUGGCACGGGCACUUUUGGGGAAGGUAUAAAUGUCACCUCCCGCUGGAAGGCUCCACGGGCACUCUCAGGGACUGGUGUCACUGGUCACUCCUGCACGGGACAGCCCACCAUGGCCUCAGACCACCAGACCCAAGCGGGCAAGCCGCAGCCCCUCAACCCCAAGAUCAUCAUCUUUGAGCAGGAAAACUUCCAGGGCCACUCACAUGAGCUCAACGGGCCCUGCCCCAACCUGAAGGAGACUGGCGUGGAGAAGGCGGCCUCUGUCCUGGUGCAGGCUGGACCCUGGGUGGGCUACGAGCAGGCCAACUGCAAAGGGGAGCAGUUCGUGUUUGAGAAGGGUGAGUACCCCCGCUGGGACUCGUGGACCAGCAGUCGGAGGACGGACUCACUCAGCUCCCUGAGGCCCAUCAAAGUGGACAGCCAGGAGCACAAGAUCACCCUGUAUGAGAACCCUAACUUUACGGGGAAGAAGAUGGAGGUGAUAGACGAUGACGUGCCCAGCUUCCACGCCCAUGGCUACCAGGAGAAGGUGUCUUCCGUGCGGGUGCAGAGUGGCACGUGGGUCGGCUACCAGUACCCCGGCUACCGUGGGCUGCAGUACCUGCUGGAGAAGGGUGAUUACAAGGACAGCGGUGACUUCGGGGCCCCCCAGCCCCAGGUGCAGUCCGUGCGCCGCAUUCGGGACAUGCAGUGGCACCAGCGGGGCGCCUUCCACCCCUCCAGCUAG